AAUCAACAAACAAUCGGCCCAAGCGAAGGCACCAGACGCAGUAUAGUCCAAGAUGCUGCCAUUGAGUUGUCUCGUGUUUUUGACUGCUGUCUGUGCCGGUGCAGCUCAAGGCUUUAAUUUUCCCGAUGAGGAGCGGAUUUCGGUGAAGAAAUGUCACGAGUAUCGCAAGCUGACGAUUAAGACCUCAACCAUCAUAACGUUAUCGCUUCGGCCGACGGCAAUUAAUUACGAAGAUUACAAGUGUCCCAAUGCGAUUGAGCUGAUAGUCGGUGGGGAAGCCGCCCGAAGAGGGGAAUUUCCGCACCAAGCACUGUUGGGUUAUCCUUUGGAUAGUGACACGCGAACCAUUGAGUUCCGAUGUGGAGGUUCACUGAUCAGUGAACGGUACGUGCUGACGGCAGCCCAUUGUUUUACGAGAGGCAUUCCGACCGUGGUGCGACUGGGUGAAAGUGAUUUGACCGACGAGGAUGACGAUCAAGUGGAUUUCGACAUUGAGGAAUUGAAAAGGCAUCCGGAAUUUUCACCUCGCCGAGCUUAUCACGAUAUUGCGCUGAUAAAGCUGGCUCAGGAUGUGUUUUUCACUAAAUUGGUUCGGCCGGCCUGUCUGUGGACAGGCUUCGAUCUGAAUAUAACCAAAGUGAUAGCGACCGGAUUCGGAAAGACGGAGUUCACCGGUGAAACCUCCGACAUUCUGAGGAAGGUCCAACUGGAUGUUUUGGAACAAUCCGAAUGUAUUUCAUUGAGUAGGGACAGGAAAUUCACUCGCGGAAUAAUCGACAGUCAAAUUUGCGUGGGAAGCCAAGAAGGUGCCAAAGAUACCUGCCAGGGUGAUUCAGGAGGACCCCUGGAGACGGUGACCGACCAUAGAGGGUGCGUAUUUCAUAUUGUGGGAAUCACGUCCACCGGCCUGCCCUGUGGUUAUGGAAAAUCUCCCUCGAUCUACACGAGAGUGGCGAGCUACAUAGACUGGAUUGAAAUGGAAGUUUGGGGAUCCAAUUGACUAAAAUCGUUAGUUUAAGA